GGCUGGGUUGGGGAACUAAGCAGUCCGACAGUGCACUAUUGCCCACUGAAGCGCUCUAGCAUUCCGGUGGGUACAGUGGACUUCCGGUUUUCGGAUUCAACAAAAAAAGGUUGGCCUUUCCCCGCUAAGACCGACCGAGGGGUGGCGAGCUUCUGGAAGAGCAGCGGCAAGGAGUAAUCGUGUCUCUCUCUGUUUUUUUGUGUCAUAUUUUAUCUUUGCGCGAAGGUGUACCAGUUGUUCUACGUGCAACUGAAGAAGAAAUUUUGCCCCAGGAAACACCCUCAAGAUACUUUGAAGAAUGAACUUGGUCCCCGACAUCCAAAUAUUCAUUGGCUUACUCUCCCAGCUUACUUGCCUUGCUUUAACACCCUUGUUCCCGCUCACAGCUAGACACACACACACAUCUACCUUGGUUAGUGGAUAUCUCUCUGGCAGCUAGCAACAACGCGUGGCGGCCCGGUACGGGAAUAUGAGGUGUCCCACGGCCAGACUGUUAAUUUAGUUGGCGCACAUACUAAUUACGGCCUGCACAUGCCAAUCUGACGUGGAAUCCGGGGAAAUGUCUCUUGCACCCUUGGGAUCGUCCCCCGAUUUGUCCCGACGAAAAGGAAGAAAAGUUUCCCAAAAAACGCAUGUGCACCAACGCUGCGCUAGAAAGCAAGUAGCUGGCACGUUCGCUAAACAGAGUGAGGGGGAUUCAAUCUCAACCAGCCAGUAUUUCUGACAAGGGGCAUACAGGUACGCAACGGUUUAUGCAUUUUGGUUCAUGGAGAGGCAGUCAGCCACUGUCCAGCAUCUGAAAAUCAAACCGUAUCGUUAUUUCCAACACAAAGACCACGACUACGCAUGCCUACAACCCAAGGUAGACAAAAGAAUUGUGCUCUCACGCAGUACACCUACACAUAGAAAUAUGCGAUGGCAUGGUCACGCGAAUAAUCCAGCACCGCUUACCCGCCCUCUACUUAUGGCGCCCACCCCUGGCAACAGCCACUGAAACCAAAAACUGCUUCACCAUAUGCGGCCUCGCCGGCCAACUGCGGCCACCUUUGCGCGACCACCCCAAAAACUCGAAGUGUCGUCUUUAGAUGACCUAUUGGCUGCUUUACAGAUCAUAGUGAGGCUAAUUUCCUACAACCCUGGCUCGUUUCAGACUUUCCAUCCGUCGGCGCGUAAUCAGUGGUCGACAGCUCGCCUUACCACAAACCCCACCACGGCGUUUGUUAGCGCCCGCGUUCCCGCCAGGGGCAAUGAAGGACCGUAACGCCGGGUCGGUCGUUCUCGGCGGUUAAUUCCCAUACAAUUUCCCUUCGAAGGCAUUGCAAGGCAGGAUAUUUAUAGAAAAUGCUUGAGAAAAUACACCAUUGCUGGCACAGCUUGUAGCGCUUAAUUUUGCUACACAAAGAUACAAAAUGCGCGUGUGCCGUAGCUCUGUUUGGCCGACGCCAGCAACGCACUUACACAGCAUACACUUGGUCAUCAGCAACUUCCAAGUCUAAAUAUGCCGUCUAAUCACUCUUAUUCUCAGUCACACCAGCGCUGGCCCAGUGCUGAAGAUGAAGACACCGUCAUUGACCAGUCCCAAAGCAAAGGAGUCGACAGUUUGGGCCUAAACUAUAACGCCUUCCGCCCUGGAGCCAUCCCCAAACAACGACCAGCUAGUGUCGCAUCUCUCUCCACCUGCUCUACGGCAGAAGAGGAGGAAUCGUCUGAACUUUCUUCACCGGACAACUUGUCACAUCUUCGAGAACGCUUUCAACCUACAGCAUCCAAACCUACGGCUCCAUCUAAGCGAUGGUCCGCUCCGCCUCAAACAACGCCAUUACUGAGUGGCGAGGAUGAACAAGCAAUCUUUGCAAAGCACCGAGUUCUUCUAGAUGCCCCUUUGGAGAGCGAAGAGCUGGAGGACCUUUACUUCGUGGUCUCCAGAUUUGCUCCACCAUCUUUCCGCUUUGAAAGGGAAUGCCUCAGCGAAAUAGGCCGCAUCAAGGCCUUUCUCACAACUGAUACUCCUCAUGCUCGUCGGUUAAAGCUCUGGUGGGACACUCAGGCUACGCCUGAAGAGCAAGCACUGGCCCCCCGAGAGUUUGUCAAACUACGUUGGCAACGACUUGGUGUCUGGGACCCCUCAUGGGACAUACAGUCACCAAAGAAGAGCAAGAAAAAGGUUCGCUUUGCUACACCAGCGAGCAAAUGGGAGUGGAAAUGGCAACCAGAAAGCGGCAUUGACUCUCGAAGCGACAAGGAGUUAUUGGAACAAAUGCUCCAGUCGCGUCGUGACCUGUGCUACGGAGAGCACCGCCCCGUUACGCCUCGCGCCGAUCUUGCACCGGACGCUAGUCGUGCUCAGUGGCUUUCUUUCCUCUCCUCGCGCCCCUGGUUUACUUACUAUCUUGAAAUUGAAGAAGAGAGCUUACGCCUGGAGCGUCUUCCUGAAGAAGAGUUGGCCAAAAUCACUAGCACUGCGCCGUCUCGUGUUCGAAGCAGGUGGCAAGCCUUGGGUAUCUGGGAUCGCAACUGGGAGGCUUUUUGUUCCAAAGAUACGAAAUCACCUUAUCCCGGCUGGAAAUGGCGCUCAGAAACACCCGAGAGUGACCCAACACUACUGUGCCAACUCUUCUGCAUGAUGACGGCUCGGCCACAACUUGAUAUGGACGUUCCCAAGGAAAACAAUCCCAUUCCUUCUGGUGACCGUAUCUGGCGACUGCCGCCGAUAUCCAGCUCGGAUGAGGUCCAUGUCAUGUUCAAGGAAGGUGAUUUCGCCAACUUGAUUGUUAUUGUCGCUUCGCCGGACGAUGAUGGACGCAUCAAGAAGACUCGCUACGUGACCCGGCCCGGUGACGAAAGUGGUCCGCUGCCCCCGGGACCCAAAAAAGCAUAUUCCCGUCGCGAAAAGAGGUCCAAAUCGCCACCUGAGAUGUCUUCUAAAGGGAAUGACUUCAAGGACAAGGAAAACGACUACAGAGACAAGGCACAAUGGGCUUUGAGUCCGCGUCCGCCUAGCCCUAGUCCUCCCCGCCGAAGCCAUAGCCCGGAGCCCCGUGCCAAACGUCGCGAGACUUCUCCCCGAUAUUAUAAGAGCAACCGCGGAAGUCACAGUCGCAGCAGAAGCAACAGUCCUCCUCCUAGGGAUAUCAGUCCACCUGAGAGUCCUCUGUUGGACACGGCUCGGGCUGAGGAGACAACAGCACCUUCGGCGUUAAAAUCUUAUCCUGCUAGAAUCGCUCUUAGUCCUAGAGUCGUCGAAGCCAUUCCACCGGAGGAUAUGUUCCGACGGAGACGCAAGAGAAAGUCUUCUGUCUUUGAGCCAUCAAAUCGAUGGUCAAGGCUGCUGAGUGACAGGAGUAGUAGGCAUGAUUGGGACACAGGAAGCCUGGAUAGGUGGUAUGGAGACAAGGGGUAUAGUAAGAGGAAGUUCAAAAAUUGGUUGAAAUAGACGAGUUACGAAUAAAUAAUGACAAUGAAUUAUGUAAAAGUUCUACACGGGAUGCCUUACUCAGGCUACACUAAGCUCUAACCUGGCGCUUUGAAACGGGUAUAUUACCUAGCAAGCCAUACAUGGGCAAAGGCCAUUAACGCAUAUGAUUUAUAUUUAAAAAAAAAACCAUAACAAUCUAAUGCAUAUAGAUACAUAAUUUCUUUGCUGUAAACAU